AUGAUUACCCAUAAGGGGAAGAAUGAAAAGUUAACUUUAAAAACUGAUUCUAAAAUAACAACCACGAUAAUCAAAGGGGUAAAGGAUAAAAGGGAAACUGCAAGUAAUUUAAAGAAAGAAGUAAACCAGUAUGAUCAAGCCAAGCCUGUACGUGAGAAAAACAUAUGCGGCAUAUGCCGAAAGACAAAGUUUGCUGAAGGUGGUGGAAAUCAUUGCAAAUUUUGUGAUAGACGUGUUUGUAAACGGUGUGGAAAAUUUAUUACCAAUAAAAAGCAAGAGGCUAUGAGUGAUAGUAUAGCACUAAAGAAUAUCUUAAAGCCAUCAAUAUUCGCUUAA